AUGGGAAAUGAAUUAAAGUCAUCUACAAAUUAGACGUAGUAUUCAUAUAUGUUUAGAGGGAAAUAAUUGAAGAUCAAAAACAUAUGUUAGCCUCCAAAGUAUUCAAUAAAUGCAGAUAAUUUUGAAGCUAUAUUUGAUUAAAUUCUUUCUGAUACAAAUUUAGAAAAAAAAAAAUUUUCAAACCUAAAUCUCAAAUAGAAACAAGUGUUAUUGGUGUUACAUUACUAAGCCUUAAUUAACGAAAACCCACAACUAUGUCAUCUAAAUUAGGAUUCAGAUUUACUAAUCUAUAUUUCUUUCUACCAAGAAAUUAAAACACUCAUAGGCUUAAAUGAUGAACUAUUAACCACUUAAUUAAUAGCUUAUGCAUUUCCAAUUAUAUAAAAAUAGAUCGAAUAUUUAAAUUUAAAUAGAAGUACCCUGAAUAUUUAUGAUAAGCUUUAUGUGAUGCUUUAAGGCAAUUUGCUGUUUUUAGGAUUUACAUUAGAUGAAUAGCAAUUGAUUGCUUUAUCCAAUAAUUUAUCUUAGAUAUAAAAAAUAUCUAAUAGCUAGAUUUAAGCUCAAAUAUACCUAUAAUAUGAAAAAAUAUCUUGGAGAUAAAUAAAUGGCUAUUAAUUAGUGGAAUCACUGUUGAAAUUGCAGAACUAAGAGUUUUGUUUACUUUAAACAUUGUAGUUAUUGGAGACUUCUAUAGACAAAAAACUUAUUGCAAACAUUUUAUCCUUUAUCAAUAAUUUUGUUGAAUUAUCUAAUGAAAAAAUUUAAUUAAAAUAGUUGCUAUUAGUUCAUGGUUUAGAAUUAAUAUUUUAGGAUAUCAAGAAAAAGUAAGAAGAUAAUUUACUAGUGUUUUAAGAAGAUUAUUCAAUACUAGUAGGAAUUAAGGAAAACUCAAAGGACUUUGAGAAUAUCAUUAUAAAAAAUAUCUCAGCCUUUGAAACAUUAUUGGAAUAAGGGGAAUAAAAUAUUAGGGAAUCUAUAAAUUAAUUUAGAAUAUCCUACAAUCCAAAAACUUAACCUAUGAAUAGGGUUUCAAUUGGUAAUGUUUAAUUAGCAUAAGUUGUAUUUCCUGAAUAAUUUUUGAUAAGUUUAUAGCAUUUCGCCUCUGAUUUUAAUCAAUAAUGCAGCAUUCAUGAGUGCAUCCAAAAACUUUAAAAAUUCCUAUCAUAAGCAGAAGUGUAUGGUAAAAAUAUAAUCACAAAAAUUUUAUAAAAUGUAGCUUAAAACUGCUUAGAUGGAUACAAUAACUAAGAAAUAGAAAAAGGUGACUUAAAAAGAUAAAUAAUUGAAUUUUAAACAUAAAAAGCCCUCUACCAAACAUAAUUGAAACAGACCCAAAAUGUCUUAUAUUAGCUGAAAUAAGCAUUGCUUGUGUAUUAGAACACCUAAGAUAAUUAAAAAUAAUCGAUUUCAGUCCAGCAGUCAUAAAGAUUGGAUGAAACGAGAAUUUAAUUUAAGAUUGAAGGCUCUUUGUAGGUUUAUCCAAGCGAAUAAAACAAGGAAACCCCAGUCUUAAUGAGCUCUUCUCUACCUGAACAAAAUAGUGUUUCCUUAUUCCCUGUGUCUUUACCACCACCCCUAUCACCACCACCACCACCACCACCACCACCUCCGCCUCCUCCACCAUAAAAGACAGUUUAAACUUAAAAUAAAACUAAUAUUAGGUAAAGAAGAAAACCCAAUUAGUAACUAAUUUCAGUUGGAAUAACGGAGAUCAAGCAAAUUAAAAGUAACAUUUUCUAAACUCUUGAUGAUUCAAAAAUUGAACUACAAUUUGAAGAAUUGGACAAGCAUUUCUAAAAGAAUUAAACUAAGAUUGCAAGUUCAUUACCUAGUUCUUCUUUUAUCAAACCUAAACCAUAAUAAGUAUUGACAUUAGAUAGAUCUAGAAAUAUUGAAUUAAUUUUAGUUAAAAUAAAGAUUAAAAUGGAUGAUAUGAUCAAUUAUAUAUAAGAAAUGAACUAUCAAAAGUUUACUUCAGAUGACAUCGAAAGUUUAAUUCAAAUACUUCCCACUUUUCAAGAAGUCUAAGAAUUUUAGAAAAUUGAAAAUAUCAGUGUGUUGAACAGGCCUGAAAUCUUUUUAUAUAACUUAAUCAAGAUAGACAAUUAUUCUGAAAGAAUUCAUGUGUUUUAAGUUUUGUUAAAUUAAAAUCAAAAAGAAAUUUAGAAAGAAUUAGAAUUAAUAGAGUAAUAAAUUUAAUCUGUUUAAUCAAAUGUUAAAUUAAAAAAGCUACUAUGUUACAUUCUAGCAGGAAUAAAUUAUUUGAAUAGUUCUUAAAAUAAAGAUUCCUACGGGUUUAAACUUUCUGAAUUUAGUAAAAUUGCUCCUUUAAAGUCAAGCAGUUCUUCUAAAAUCAAUUUUCUUUGUUUGAUACUUAGAAUGGCAGAAAAAAAUGAAGGAGACCUAAUAGGAGAAGAAGAUUUUAAUUUAUAAUAAUUAAAGAAAUUGUCUAAGAUUUCUCUUUAAAACAUUAAAAAAUAGAUAGAAAAAAAAGAACAGGAUGAAAAAUUAAUCUUAAAAUAUUCUGAUAAAAUCUAAGUUGAUAAUUCUGAAUUGAAUCUUAAAUUAAAUUUGAGUGAACUUUACCUCAAGGUUAACGCAUAAUUUAAUGAUAUAUGUCAAGCAUUUUUUGAAGAUCCAAAAAAAUUAGAUACAGAUUCUUUUUUUACUGAAUUAUCCUAAAUGAUUGAAUAUUUAAUUGAAUAAAAGAAACUCAAUAGAAUAUUAGAUGAAGAAUGCUAAAGGAAGAAGGCCAUAGAACAAUUAAAUUCUUAUAUACAACAAAUUGAUCCUAAUAAGAAUUUGAAAAAUCAAGACAUAGGGGAAAAUAAUGUUGAAGUAGAGAAUAACGUAUUAAAAUAAAUUGAAGAAAGAAAGUCUUAUAAAUAGUAAGUUUAAGAAAUGCGAUUUAGAAGUUUAAAGUCUUUGGCAAAAAUAAAAAAGAAUAUAAAGCAGCAGCGAGAAUAAUAAUAAUAAUGA